CAAGGUUGGGUGUUUUUGCUGAAUCUUGGUCAUUUGUGCAUUUUGGGGGACUGAAUCUCAGUGUUUUGGGGUUUACACAGGCACCAGAUUCCCAGUGAGUUCUAGAGUUUGCAGGCGCAGGGGCCCAACACUGUAACUGUAAUACCUCAGGGCAAAGGUGACCAGGGUCAGAGAGAGACACCCCUCUGAGGACAAUGCUCUCACCAUCAGCAUUUUCAGGCUCACAUGAAUGCAGCAAGCUUCAUUGGUAUCACCCAGUCCAGCUGCCCUUUUUUCCUUAUAUGUACUCCCCUAGGAUGUUCUCCCAUCUCUUGUCCCCCAUUGGUCCCGGUUUACUGCAAUGCUCCGCCCCUGUUACCUCAUUGGUUCCCCAGUUGGCUGCCCCUCCUCUGCACCACCUGUGCUCAGUUCCCAUUGGCCCUUGGCCCUCAGACCCGCCCCUUCCCCUCUUAUCAAACCCUGUGUCCUCAGCCCCAUUUUGUCUCUGUCCCUGGAUCCUCUGCAUUGCAAUAAACUGUGUUUGGAGCUGUGCGCACAGACUCGUCUCUGGCCUCGUCCAUCAGCAGGAUUUCUCAUUCCCAAACCCUGGCCGGAUGGAGGAGGAGGCUGUGAGGAAGAGGAAGAAGCCCCGGGACACGCAGGCAGACAAGGAGCUGAGGAUGGAGAGCAGGGAGGACAAAUCCCCAAAGAAGAACCUUAUGGAAGAGGCUGUUCUGAGCAGCUCGACGGCCCAGGAAUCCAACAGAGAGGGAAAGCUCCAGAGAUCCCACAGGAGAAGGGGCUGCAAACCCAGCCCAGUGUGCUCUGAGGAGGAAAGCCCCACCCUGUGCCAAGAAGGUGGACAGAGCUUCAGCCAGAGCUCAGAGCUGGUGAUGCAGGAGCAGCCUCAUGAUGGGGAGAAGCCCUACAAGUGCUUGGAGUGUGGGAAGAGCUUCAGGCAGAGCAGCACCCUGAUCCGCCACCAGAUGAUCCACACCGGGGAAUGGGCCUAUGAGUGUGGGGAGUGUGGGAAGGGCUUGAGGUGCAGCUCAGAACUCAUCACCCACCAACGCAUCCACACUGGGGAGAGGCCCUACGAGUGUGCCCAGUGUUGGAAGAGGUUUCACACCAGCUCCAGUCUCCUCAUACAUGAGCGGAUUCACACAGAUGAGAGGCCCUUCUGCUGCCCCGACUGCGGGAAGGGCUUCAAGUACAUCUCCCAUCUCGUCAGGCACCGGCGCAUCCACAGUGGGGAGAGGCCCUACGAGUGUCCCCAGUGUGGGAAGAGUUUCACCCAGAGCUCUGACUUGAACAGACACCUACGGAAGCACCGGUAAGGCAAGCCCUGCAAAUGUCCCUGAGGGGAGAGCUUCGUGCCUGGCUCCGGCUUCAUACCCAAUUGGAGUACCCAUGUUGGGAAGAGACGUGUGAUCCAUGUUCAUUGUAAUCCAUACUGGGAAGACACCUGUCCCUUUUCCUACCCCUGCCAAUGACCUGAUGCGGGAUUGAAGAACAUGGGGGUCUGGCUAGGGCUGUGUCAUUGCAUUAAUUCUCUCCUCAGGUCAUUGUCAGCGGCAGGAAAGGGUCUCUCUCUCCCCGAGGAGAAGGGUGUCCUUCCCAGGCCGGAGGAAAUAUGUGGCCAGGAUGAUCCAGUGAGUUGUGUUUUGGUUUUCCCUGUAAAUAGUUUUUCUUUUCCCUUCUGUUACCAGUAUUGUUUCUGUUCUUGUUUGUUCUUUAUCUUAUUGCUGUUCCCAGUAAAUUGUUCUUAUCCCUGCCUGGGAUCCUUGAUUUUUGUGAUUUCCAUGGAAGGCGGGAUGGCAGCGAGCAGCAGCGUGGUUUUAGCAGGAGCAGGAAAUUGGGGAAUCCCAUUUCUGAACCCCGGCCCGUGGA